CCUCAGAUCUUAGUGCCGUCCAGCAAUAGUGAACUACCUAAAGUUCAACACUUCAAGCCAGGAGAAAAAUCAUCAAUACACGUGAAGAAUGAGGAAGAUGAAGAGGUUUCCCUGAACAAACUGUUGUUGAGAGUACCGCUCCAGCAGCCAAGGACACCCCAACAGGCUCAAGAGAUGCUGAACAUGAGUCCAAAGUUA